ACAGAAGAGAAGGAGCGGCAGCCGGCUUCCGACGAUCGUGAAAGGGGAUUCUCCCCUGGACCUGUUUUCAUCGGUCGAAGUAGGGAAAAAGCUAAUGUUAUAUAGUGGUUGGGGAAGCCAUCAAAUCAAGAUCCAAGUGACACAGAUUUAUACAACAACAUUUCUCUUUUGUCUAUAGUGGGUCAUGGUGGUACGGGGAAGACGACUCUCUUGCUACAUGUCUUUGAAAUGUGAAAGAGGAAUUUGACCUUAAGAUUUGGGUGUGUGUUUCCAACAACUUUAAAGAGGAAGAAGUCAUUACUGAUAUGUUGAAAUAUCUUAAUAAAUGGAAGCCUCAUUUAAUGCAACUUCCUCCUCUUCAAAGCACACUUAAAUUUGUGAUGCAGUCCAAGAAGCUUUUGCAUGUUCUGGAUGAUGUUUGGGAGGGUAAUACUACCAAAUGGGGGAAUGUGCUCUCCCCUCUUACUAAGGGAAGUUUGGGAGGUAAGAUUUUGGUAACAACCCGGAUGGAUUCAAUUGCAUCCAUGAUUGCAGAGGUGAUUAGAAAGAAGAAUAAAUUGUUGAGAUUAGAGGGCUUGGGGGAUGAUGAGUGCUUGCAACUCUUCAAAACUCAUGCAUUUGGUGCAUUCGGUGUUAAAGAAAACAGUAGCCGUGUUCAUAAAGAGUUAGAGUGCAUUGCUGAAGAGAUAGUUAAAAAGCUUUCCGGUGCUCCGUUGGCAGCAAAGGUCAUUGGUGGUGUUCUGAAGUCUGAAUUGACUCCGAAGCAUUGGGAAUAA